UGCAUGGGGUUUGGUUGCUUGCAUGUGAAUUCCUUCCUUUUAACUGAGCAUCUGGUCCUGCAAGAUUUCCAGGGCAAGACAGGACGUGUGCUCUGUCCAGCACCUACCCCCACGGGGCCCUGAUGGAGGUCUCUGGGGGUUACUUGCGAUACGAAAUGAAGGGGGCUUUUACAGACAUGGCUAGGCUGUUUACGCUCCUCCUCCCAAAACUAAAGUUAGAAAAAAACCCCAACCCGCGUUUCAAAUUCCCCUCUCUGACAUCGAUUUCAAAGCCAGACCUCCAUGGGCGUCCAGUAAGCCUGGGGCUGCCUCUUCUCUCUUUCCGUUCGGGGAACCUACAUUAGGCAAACUUUGGCUGGUGUUAAGCAGGAUGGGCAACAAUCUGACAUUUUUGAUUCGUUUGGAGGCCUGAGCCCAGGGUGGUAUGGCUCGGUGCGCAGGCUGGUGGCCGGCAUAGCCUGUGAGUCGCCAUGAAUGCGCAUCCCCGUCGCAUCCGCCUGAAGCCCUGGCUCAUCGCCCAAGUGAACAGCAACCAGUACCCAGGCCUGCAGUGGGUGAACCCCGAGCGGAAGCUCUUCUGCAUCCCCUGGCGCCAUGCGACCCGGCACAUCCCCACGCAGGACGACGAGAACACUGUGUUCAAGGCCUGGGCCAAGGAGACUGGCAAGUACAACGAAGGGGUAGAUGAGCCGGACCCAGCCAAGUGGAAAGCCAACCUGCGCUGCGCCCUCAACAAGAGCCGCGAGUUCAAGCUGAUCUACGAUGGCACCAAGGACACGCCCAUGCAGCCCUACAAGAUCUACGAGGUGUAUGAGGGCCACCAGCCCAACGGAGACUCGCUGGCCGGGGACGAUCACACCUGCUGCCCGGGCGAGGAGGAGGAGGAGCUGCAGAAACUGACGACGCUGACGAUAGCGGAUCCCAGCCAGUGCGUGGAGCCGCUCCCCUCCUACGUGUGGCCGAAGCAGGAAGUCCCGUAUCCCAACCCCUGCGGGAACGGCUCUUUCCACCCGGACGUGUCGGCGCCUCCGCCUCCCACCGCCGGCGCCUUCGCAGCAGGGGAGCUGCCCGCCCAGAGCCCUGCCGGGAGCAUGCCGCUGGGGGGGCCGGGCAGCCUGCAGAACCUGCCCCCCGGGGACGUGUCUCUGCAGCCCAUGGAACAGUUCAUCCCAGACCUGCUCAUCAGCCCGCACAUGCUGCCAUUGACCGACCUAGAGCUCAAGUUCCACUACCGCGGGCGGCAGGCCAGCUCCCUGACCAUCAGCAACCCCCACGGGUGCCGGCUCUUCCACAGCAGCCUGGAGCCCACGCACGAGCAGGUGGAGCUCUUUGGGCCCGUGACGCUGGAGCAGGUGCGCUUCCCCAGCACCGAGCACAUCCCCAACGAGAAGCAGCGCUUCUACACCCACCAGCUGCUGGACGUCAUGGACCGGGGCCUCAUACUGGAGCUGCAGGGCCAAGACAUCUACGCCGUCCGGCUGUGCCAGUGCAAGGUGUUCUGGACGGGGCCCUGCGCCGGCGAGCGGGCCGGCCCCAACCCCAUCGAGCGCGAGAGGAAGAUCAAACUCUUCAGCCUGGAGAACUUCCUCAACGGGCUCAUCCUGUUCCAGAAGGGCCAGACCAGCACGCCGCCCCCCUUUGAAAUCUUCCUCUGCUUCGGGGAGGAGUGGCCGGACCAGAAGCCAAAGGAGAAGAAACUUAUCACUGUCCAGGUCGUGCCAGUGGCCGCCCGGAUCCUGCUGGAGAUGUUCUCUGGGGAGCUCUCCUGGUCAGCAGACAGCAUCCGCCUACAGAUCUCCCAUCCGGACCUGAAAGACAAGAUGGUGGAGCAGUUCAAGGAGCUGCAUCAGCUCUGGCAAAACCAGCAGAGCCUGCAGGCCCACCCGACCUCGAACCUGGAGCCAGGCCCGAGCCCUUGGGCAAUGCAGGCCAGCAGCAUGCAGCAGUGAGGACGUGGGCAUGUCGCACACACUCACCCACUUCCCCUCCCUCCUGAUGGGCACCCGGGUGAGCCUGGCCGUGCAUGCCAGCCCCGAGGAGCGGGAGACGAGGCAAACGGAUCUCUACAGGGCGGUGCCCCGCCAGAUCCAUCGGUACAGGCUGCCCGGCUCAGCUGCCCGCUCCACACCAACCUCCCAGCUGUGGACCCCAAAGGGGCAGGGGGGAGGGGGCCUUCCUGCAUGGGAUGGAUGGAGGCUGGCCCACACCAUCACCUGCUGGGAAUACACUAGGCGGCAGGCCAGGCCCCACCUUGCUAGAGCACUGCAGGGACAGGCAAGGCCUGCGAUGGAGGAAAGAGACUGUUAAACCCACGGCCCUGGGCACUUACGAAAACUGCCUGGUGGGUGUGCAGCAGGUGCUGGGGCUGCUGAAAGGACAGGCCUGGCCGACAGGCCCGAUGCAGCCCACGAGCGUGAAGGAGCCCGAGGCAACACUGCAGUCACAGUAUCUGGGAGCUGGUGUCACCUCCCCCCCGGGAACCAGCCUGGCACAAAGACGCAGCAAGGGAAGUGCUCAGCUGUUAAUAAAA